CAGCACCCGCACCAGCAUCAGCAUCCCCAUCACCACAACCACAACCACACGGACCCCACUCUCCCUACUCCGCCGCAAUCGGACCCUUCGCCCGCCUCACCCCCCAAACCCCUCUUUUGUCAAUGGCACGACUGUACUCAUUCCGCCCCGUUCAAUACGCCCGCGGAAAUGAUGGAUCAUCUCUCCGAAGUGCACGUGGGGAGGGGGAAGGAGAGUUAUGCGUGUCUUUGGGGAGAUGGGGACAGAAUCGCCGGCAGCACCGAAAUCGCAACCACCGGUCGCGUCUUCCGAUCCCGCCAAAAAGUCUUGCGCCAUCUCCAAUCCCAUACCGGCUAUCGCCCGUACGUGUGUACAGUCUGCGAUCAGGCUUUUAGCGAGGCGGCACCGCUCGCGGCGCAUCUACGGAGACAUAAUGAGGAGAAACCGUUUGUGUGUGGGUAUGAAGGAUGCGGGAGGGGGUUUGCGAUUAGUAGUAGUUUGACUAUACACAUGCGAACACACAAUGGCGAAAAACCCUUCAUCUGCCCCCACUGCCAUAAAGGCUUUGUGGAGGCAUCUAACCUAACCAAGCACAUCCGGACGCAUACGGGUGAGAAACCGUUUGCGUGUCCUCAUCCGGGGUGCGGGAAACGGUUUCCGAGGCCGGAUCAGUUGAAGCGGCAUGUCGGGAUACACGAGAAGGAGAAG